AGUCCUGCAGAGAACAAUCAGAUGCAAAGAAAUAACUUGGCAAAGAUGACCAGACAGAUAAGAUCUGCCAACAUUGGGCUGAUUCUGGCCUUGGUCCUUUUGGCUCUUCACAGAGGAUCAUCAGUUCCAGCAUUAACAUGUGGACUUCAACGGCCUGUUCUACGGAUAGCGGGUGGUGUGAAUGCCCAGGCUGGCGAGUGGCGGUGGCAAGUCAGUGUCCAAUAUCGCAACCAACAUGUCUGCGGAGGAAGCCUCAUUAAUGAUCAGUGGGUUCUCACCGCUGCCCACUGCUUUUUCGAGAUUGGGAAACAAAUCCACCCGGAGCAUUGGAGCGUGAUCUUGGGAACUGUGAGGCUGAUUGGCAGGAGGGCUAGAGGGUCAAAAUGGAACGUCUCCAUGGUCAUCCCUUACGAAAACUACACCAGCUACGAGAGAGGACAUGACAUCGCUCUGGUGCACCUGGCCAAACCUGUGCGCUACACCAGAGAUAUUGCACCUAUCUGCCUGCCCUUUGCUGAGCACCGCUUUGCCUUUGGGACCCAGUGCUGGCUGACUGGCUGGGGAGACGUCGCAGCCAACGUCCACCUGCCAGAACCCAUGAUCCUCCAAGAGAUAACGAUGGACCUCUUGACUGUUGACACCUGCAACUGCAUCUACAGCAAUCUGCGCAACAGGCGGAUCGUCAACCCUGCCUUGCCUGGUAUGGUCUGUGCCAUGACUCCUGACCGCAAGAGAGGACCUUGUAAGGGCGACUCGGGUGGCCCACUGGUUUGCCUGGAGAAUGGCCGAUGGUUCCAGGCAGGGAUCAUGAGUUCCUCCUUGAGUUGUACCCAGUUCUACGGACCCACCCUCUUGACGGACGUGAGAGCCUAUGCCAACUGGAUCCAGCACCAUGUUGAAGGAGCCUCCUUUGCCAAUCAGAUUGAGCCCAUACCCAACACCACUGACAGUUACAUGUGCACAGGCUGUGGGGUCCUGAAACAGGAGAACAAACAAUGGCCUUGGUAUACAAGUCUACAGUAUCAAGGAGAGCACGCCUGUGGAGGCACUUUAAUUGGGGAACACCACAUUCUGACUGCUGCUCAGUGCUUCAUUGGACGCCAGGAAACAGAAGGCUGGGAAGUACUUCUGGGAGAGCAGCUGGAAGGAGGGCAACAAAAAUGGCAAGAGAAGAGAACUCUGAAAAACAUUGAGCUUCACGGUCUCUACAUUGACAUGAUGGAAGGUUACGACAUUGCAGUAGUCACAUUGGCACAACCUGUGGUGUUCAAUGACAGCAUCUCAGCCAUUUGUGCUCCAUAUCCUGCCCACAAGUUCCCCUUUGGCUCUACCUGCUGGACCCGCGGGCGGAGAAUUGAUGACCAUGGGAUUCCAGGCCCUCUGCAAGGUGUGAAGGCAAAAAUCCUUGGCCCAAAGAAUUGCAAUUGCCUCUACAAUGCAACGAGUGAGCACGGGAGAGAAAUCCCCAUCAUUCCUAAGAUGAUCUGUGCAGCACCACAUAACAGGUCCAUGCGUUGUGAGGUAAGCAUUGGAGACCCCUUGGUUUGCAGCCACAAGGGGGUGUGGUUCUUGGCUGGCAUUUCCAGCUUUGGAAAUGGAUGUGGAACUAUAAUUCGUCCAGGGGUUUUCACAUCUGUCAAGAACUACGAAGAGUGGAUCAUGAAGGCUGCCUGGUCUGCAUACUAUGAUGUGCAAAAAAACCCUGUACCAAAGGCCACGGAUGAAGAGACUUGCCCGAUUGUGUAGCCUUCUUGUUAACAUCUAGCAAGCUCAUAAAUCAGGAUUUCUCUUACAGUGAGGGAUUGAAAAGCAAACUUUUGCUUCAUUUUAUGAUCUGUGUAUACCUCUUUCUUGAAGCAAAUUGAAUCUUGGUGUAACAAAGAAAGGUUUACAAGAGCGAUCACACCCUAGGAAAUUAUCUAGUCAGCAUUGCAUUCACUUACUGUGUUUCUCAACUGUGGCAACUUUUAAGAUGUGUGGACUUUAACUCCCAGAAUUCCCUGCCAUACAUCUUAAAGCUGCCAAAGUAGAGAAACACUGCCUUAAGCACCUUGUUCAUACAGUUACAUUUCUCAUUUCAUUUUUUUUUUAGUCUGUGGUUGUCCAUUUCUGAUCCUGAAAUAUCAGGAUGACAAAUAUUUAUUUCCUUUUUUCCAUCUGUAAAUAAGCCUGGGACUAAAUUGAUCAAAACUGACUUGCCCAGUUUUUACACUCCUAAAAAUCCAUUUUCAAAAGCUUUGAAGCUUGUAUAGUCAAUAUCUCCUGCUCUUUAGUGCUUUGGAAUUUUCUUAUUAUUUUCAAAGAAAAACAAACUACAUGCAUUAAGUAACCUCUAUACUAAAUCUGAGCUUUUUAGUGUAAGUAGAGUCUUGCCAAUUAGUUACAGACAGCCCCAUACAAUUUACAUUUUGUUUCAGUGACUAUGAUUCUCUAGUACCUCAAUAGAAUUAUUAGACAAGACAAUUGAAACUGACAUACUUCUCCCAAUGCAUUAAACCAUGAUAUGGCUUGUUUGCUUCAGCUUUAGGUAUUCUACAAACUUAACUGCUGUGGUCUAUGGCUUAGCCUUUUGAACAAACCCUAAAGGUGGUUUGUUAUACUGUAUACACAUGGUUAUAUAUAAACUUUUGUACCAUAUGUGAGCAGAGACUACAGCUUCCUUGGGUUUUGUAGCCAAGCCAGGAAUCCAGGUUUCUUGCCCCACUUUUGCUUUCUUUGAGCCUCAGCACUUCACUACAAAUCAUCUUUAUUUUGAAAGCAAGAUGUGGGUAGAAUCUUGGGUUUCUCUUGUGAAUUAAAAAGCUUCCGAGCUAAUCUUGAGUUGUUGUUUUUUUCAAGAUGAUAAAACUGACAUGGAUUUAUUGGUGUAUUUAUUUUUAAUGUUCCAUUUAAUGAAGUAAGUUAUUUAAACAUUUCUAAACUUUGUCCGGCCAACAUCUUAUUAUUUGUACAUUAUAACGUUGCUGAUAUUAUAGGCUUUAAUUGUUGGGAACCAGCAUCUUGUACUCUAGAAAGCAUUUGAUUGUUGAUCUUUUGUCUUUUUAAAACAUCUCCCCCAGGUUGAUUUAUAAUAUGCGGUACUUUUCUAUCUCUGUGUAGAUAGAUAGAUAGAUCUAUUUAUAUUUGAUAACAUGUAUUUAUUACAUUUGUUUUUCUAUUAUGUUACUGUGAAAAUUUGUUUGGAAAAAUGGGAUAUAAACAAUAAAAGAAAGGCAAGCAUUACCAUUGUUUGUAAUUUAAUAUUGCCACAAUGAUAUUACAGAUAGUCCUCAAUUUAACGACCAUAAUUGAGCCUGGAAUUAGUUAUAAGUUGUGGUCGUUAAGCAGGUCACUAUGUGACUGGAUCUGAUUUUAUGUUAUAUUUUGAAGCAGCCGUUAAGUGAAUGCCCUGGUUGCCAAGUAAAUACAUUUUAGCCAAUGUGCAUUUUUUUUUGCUGGAAACCAGGAAAAACUGUUGAAAACCAUCGUCACAUGAUCAUAGGAUGCUGCAACUAGUCAUAAAGAUGAGUUAGUUGCAAGCAACCAAAAUAUGAUCACGUGACUACAAGGGGUGUGUAUGUAAGUAUGCAGCCAUCGUAACUUCAAAAUCAAGUUGUAACUUUUGGGGGGUCCAUUGCAACUUUGUAUGGUCGUUAGACUACCUAUCAUCCUUAACAUACAGUUCAGCAAGAUGUCUAUUAAGACCAUUUCCCUGUUUGGUAGUUUGGACUACCAAACUGGGAAUUGUACUAUCAGGCUGCAGUACUAGCAUGGAUGAAAGAGUGGAUUAUAUUGAGGAGUGUAAGAUUAUUGACCUUGGAAGGACACGAUUUGCAACUGGGGUGGCAUGCAUUUUUAUGAUAUGGGAAAAAUAAGAUACAAGGAUAUUUUCAGAGACACUAUAUAAGGAAUGCAUUAUUGGUGUGGGAGAAAAUUAAAGAACAACAUUAUUUGAGGAUACCAGUUUGGCUUUCAACAAUGGAAGCAUUGAUUCACCCAAAUAUUAUUAAUAUGGGAAAUAUUGUUAGAUAUAAAGACAUUUUGAAUGA